GUGUGAACCUGUAACUUUAUAAAGAUAAUGUCAUAAUAUUAGACAGAAGAAAGAAGGAGAAGAAGAUGAGGAAGGAGUAAAUAUAUAUAGAUGAUGCUCAUGCCACUCUGCUCCUGCUCCACAACUACACCACCAUUUUCAGCUGCAGUUGCUGCAGUCAAAUUUCAGGACCCACCUCCUUCAUUUACUACCCGACGAAUCAACCGAUCCGGAUCCUUCUCCUCUUCCUCCUUCAUUACAACAAUAUCAUUCAAUUCACCCAUAACAAACACACACUCUCUCUCUCUCUCCCUCACACGCACAAAGAUCUAUCUUUCUAUAAUCUGUAUGCUAUGCGUGUCAAUCUAUUUGUUUACAGAUCAGAUGAUGGAUGUUUCUGUAUCUGUAUAGAAUAAGAAACGAGUGAUUUUCAGCUCACUUCCAUGGCUGCCGCCUUCUGUUCUUCUGCUUCUUCCUCCUCCAUUUCUGCAUCGCUCUCUCCUCAUCCUCAUCCCCCUUUCACCCCUAUUCAGGAAUGUGAAAGAGAAGGAAAGGAAGAUGAUGAGUCUUGUGAACAAAACAGUGUAAAAGCUACGCCGAGUGAUUGUUCAGAGAACAACAAAGAAUCGUAUUACGUCCAUCAACCAACGCCUCUCCACCACCAAAACUCCAAGACCGCUGCCAAAUCCUCCAAAAAGAGAUCGGAAUCAUGCGACCGGGGAAAGAAAUCCGAUGACCGAGGGGUGUCGUGCAACAAAUGCCGACCAAGUGCUCGAGAAAAGUUCUCAGUGGUUCCACUCGAUACCACCACCGUCGGUCGUCACUCCAACGCUAGCCCCAACGGAUUACUUAAAUCGAUAUUCUCAUCUCUCGUGAGAAAAAGCCCGAGAUCUGCGUCGUCAUCGUCGGAGGGGUUUACUCCGGUGUCGGGAAAAGAAGAGCAAUGGAAAGGCGCCGUGGCUGAACUCUCUCAUAAACUCAUUCAAGCCACGAAGAAACGCGACGAAGCCAUCCUAGAAGCUUCUCGGUUAAAAUUCUCCAUGACUGAACUCGAAAAAAAGCUCAACAAACUGGAAAUCUACUGCCAUACUCUCAAAUCAGGACUCGAUGAUUGCGCAAACAAAUCAACCACCACGAAACACGAGCCAAUCAAGAUCGGCGAUCACGACAGAGUGAUCGAACAUUUUCUGGUAGCGGUGUCGGAAUCUCGGUCAUCAAUGAGACAUCUCAGCCGAUCAUUAACCGUACAACUCCCACAAAUCGCCGGAGGGAAACUCUACGACCGUAUACAACUACUUCUCCAACCGUACGACAUCAAGAUUUCUGCAUCAACAAACCCUAGGAUCCUUCUUCUGUACCUGGAAGCUCUGUUAAACCGAGCAUUCUUUGAAGAUUUCGAAUCACCCGGGUUUCAAAAAUCCGGAUCCAAUCAUACCCUCAACCCGAUCCACAGAUGUGAAGAAAAUUUCAAAUCUUUUAUCCGUUUAAAGGAGUUAACUUGGGAAGAAGUAUUAAACAAAGGGACUAAACAAUUUAGUGAAGACUUUAGUAAAUUUUGUGACCGAAAAAUGAGUGAAGUUGUAGCCAUGUUGGGGUGGACCCGAGCUUGGCCAGAACCGCUUUUGCAAGCCUUUUUUGGCGCGUCAAAAGCAGUCUGGCUGGUUCACCUCCUGGCCAACUCAGUUCACCCUGGUCUACCCAUAUUCAGGGUGGACAAAGGGGUGCGGUUUGAUUCGAUUUACAUGGAGGACAUGGGUGCGGACAAGACCAAGAAGUUUACGGUCACGGGUCCUAUGGUUCGAGUCAUGGUCGAACCGGGGUUCUAUAUCUAUGGGAAUGUGGUUAAGUGCAAAGUCAUAUGCAGGCUUCUAGCUAUAAACGUGUAA